AAGAAGAAGAAGAAGAAGUCAGCAUCGCAGCAAAGAAAUUACGGAAGACUGAUAUCUGUUUUCACAGGAUGGAGAACAACAGGGAUGAAGACUCUUCUACAGUCAAUGUCAACAAUGGCAAACAUCCUCUUAAUACUGAAGAAGAAAUGAAAUCAUCAGCACUCCGGCUCUCUUCUCUGUUGUUGGUGUGUUUUGGGUUGCUUUGUGCCAUACUGACUGCAAAAUUUGUCUACAUGAGUAUGAUGACGGCCAAUCAGAUGGAAAAUAUCAAAAUCCUUGCAACAGACAAAAAGCGACUUAUUGAGGAACGAAAGAUGAUGAAAAACCAAAUUGAGCAGGUGAUCCGAGACAGACUCCUGAGCCUGUUAAGAGAGAGGCUUACCCGAGAGAGGCUUACUCAAGUCAGCGAGGAGCUGAGCAAUAAGAUAGAGGAGCUGAACCGACAGACAGAGGAGCUGAAGAAAGAGAGAGACGAGCUGAGCAAAGAGAAAGAGGAGGUGAACAAAAAGAAGGAGGAGGUGAACCAAGACAGAGAGGAGCUGAUUAGUAACACACAGGGGCUGAAGAAAGAGAGAGAUGAGCUGAAUAAAGAGCAAGUGAAACAGAGCAAAGAGAAAGAGAAGCUAAAAGAAGAGGAAGAAGAGCUAAGCAAAGAGAAAAAAGAGCUGAGCAAUGAGAAAGAGGAGCUGAGCAAAAGGAAAGAGGAGCUGAAAGAAAAAGAUGAGAGAGCAGGACUUAUUAAAGAGAAAGACAAGCUGAGCAAAGAGAAGAAGGAGCUGAACACUGAGAAAGACAAACUGAAGAAAAAGAAUGACGAGCUGAGCAAAGAGAAAGAGGAAAUAAGAAAAGAGAAAGACGAACUGAACAAAGAAAAAUACAAGCUGAGCAAAGACAAAGAAGAGCUGAGCAAAGAGAAAGACAGACUGAACAAACAGAAAGGAGACCUGAACAAAAUGAAAGCGGAGCUGAUCAAAAAGAAAGAGGGGCUCAGCGAGAAAACAAAGGAGCUGAACAAAGAAAUAAAUAAGCUGAACAAAGAGAAAGAUGAGCUGAGCAAAAAGACAGAGGAGCUGAUCAAAAAGAAAGAGCAGCUAAACAAAGAGGAAGAUGAGCUGAAAAAAGAAGAAGAUAAGUUGAGCAAAAAGAAAGAAGAGUUGAUCAAAAAGAUAGAGGAGCUCAGCAAAAAAAUAAUGGAGCUGAACAAAGAGAAAGCAGGGCUGAGCAAAGAGAAAGAUGAGCUGAGCAAAGAGAAAGCAAAACUGGACAAAGAGAAAGACGAGCUGAGCAAAGACAAAAAGAAGCUGAGCAACGAGAAAGACAAACUGGACAAAGAGAAAGACGAGCUGAGCAAAGACAAAAAGAAGCUGAGCAACGAGAAAGAUGGACUGAACAAAGAGGAAGGCGACCUAAACAAAAUGAAAGUGGAGCAGAGCCAAAAGAAAGGGGAGCUGAGCAAAGAGAAAGAGGAGCUGAACAAAAUGGCAAAGGAGCUGAACAAAGAGAAAGAUGACCUGAGCAAAAAGACAGCAGAGCUGACCAAGAAAACAGAGGAGCUGAACAAAUUGAAAGUGAAUAUGGACAAAGACCUGAACAAAAAUAAAUUAGAGCUGAACAAGGAGAAAGAGGAGCUGAACAAAUUGAAAUUGAAUCUGAACAAAGAGAAAGAUGAGCUGAACAAAAAUAAAGGAAAGUUGAACAAAGAGAAAGAGGAGCUGAACAAAAAGAAAGUGGACUUGAACAAAGAGAAAGAGGAGCUGAACAGACAGAAAGCAGAGCUGAGCACAAAGAAAGCAGAGCUGAGCAAAAAGACAGAGGAGCUGAGCAAAAAGUCAAAGGAUCUGCACAAGGAGAAAGAGGAGCUGAACAAAAUGAAAAAUAUGCUGAGCAAAGAGAAAGAGAAGCUGAACAAAGAGAAAGAGAAGCUGAGAGUACAGAAACAGGAGAUGGAGGAUCGAUGCAAAGACAAAGAUGCCCUGAAAAUCUUCUACAAUUUUGUUAUGACAUUUUCGUCCUUUACAGUUGAAAAAUUCUGCCCUCUACAUAUGAGACCAAAAUGUCUGGAUUGCAGGAAAGGCUGGAUUUCCUUCAGGGGACACUGCUACUGGUUUUCUGAUACAGAUCAAAAUUCGAACUUCUGGAACGUGUCUCGAGAUUUGUGUCAGUAUGAUAGUGGAUAUUUGGCUGUAAUUGAUGAUCUGGAAGAGCAGAAAUUUAUCACCAAGCACGCCAAACCCUACAGUUCUAAAAACCAAGGAUACUGGAUAGGGUUACAUCAUACGCUACCCGGAUGGUUCUGGGUUGAUGGACGUAAGAACACCCUUGAUUUCUGGAUAAAAGGGACUCCUCCUACUUCCGGAGCAGCACUGCAUAUGCCAGAAAAAAAAGCCAAAGAGAGCUGGAGAGCAGAAAACAAUGCAGUGGAGAACAGAUUCAUCUGUGAGCAUCCGAUGACUGUUUGGCCCUAUAACUGACACUGUUCUCUUAAAGCUUCAAUGAGGAACACUCAACUGUGUCACCAUUUUUUGACAAAUGUCAUGAAUGAAAGCACAAUAUCUGAAUGUUUUCUCCCACAUUAAAUGAUUUAAUACAGAUGUGUAUUAAAUCACAUCUUUAAUGUGAUUUAAUACACAUUAAAGAUGUGUAUUAAAUCACAUCUUUAAUCUCCUGGCAUGCUGGAAGGAACAAUGUUUUCAUUAACCUUGUCAGGUUAAAGCAGAAUAUUCCAUUUCAGGCUGAUAAUGUGGCAGCUGAUAAACCUGGCAGGUCUAUCGGCUACAACAUUCUGGUCGCCCUGGUGAAUGUUUAUGCUCCUUAUACAGGUGAUGAGAAUUUUUUAAACAACUAUUUUCUUCUUUACUUGAUCUUGAUAAAUACUCGCUGGUUUAGUGGGCGAUUUGUUGGCUUGACCCAGGUUUGGAUCGCUCAUUAUUAAAAUGAAUGUCAUAAGCAAGUCUGCAUCGGUCAUCCAAACCAUUUUAUCUGAAUGCGGACUGUGUGAUGUGUGCUGUACUUUAAAUCUGGACCAGAGGGAGUACUCUUAUUUCUCAUGUGUUAUUGAAGAAUUGAUUAUUUUAUCACUGAUACUAAAUGCCUGCUGCAGAUCCGAUCCUGUGGCUAUCAAAGCAAAGUUAUUUCAGACUGCGCCCCACUCACUCUGUCCCUGUCCCUUCCUCACUUUCCUAAAGUUUAUUUAGGAUGAGAUGCAUGUCUUUUUUGCUACUAAUUUCUCCCAAGAAACCUCCAGCAUUGUAGUAUGGGAUGCCUUUAAAGCCCAGUUAAUACUGCACGAUUUUGGAAUUGUCGGCCGAUUUUCUAAACCUGAGAGAUGACACACUCGCUGAUUAAAAAUCGCAGGUAUAACGUGUUUGAUCGUAGAGUGUGUGGUUUCACUCACAAACAUUCCAACUCCAGAGAUGAAAUCCUGUAAAAUUCCACGAUAUCAAACCUGAAUUUAGAGUAAGCAAACAUGGGCAAUGACGUUGAAGCAGUAACUGUAGUUUAUUUUAACCAAAAACAGACCCAAUAAAAAGUUAACGCUUUGGAUUAGGAACUGGAGAUCAAAGCGCAAACAAAGGUUAUAUUUGUUGCACUACGAUAUGGAGGUGAGUUGUAUUUUUUCCCCGUUCAACAAACACUACACUAGGUUUAAUUUAUUUUCUGCUCUGUCAUUUAAUUAACCGUAACUACUUAAUUAUACGUUUUUAAGUUGAUGUUGUAUAAUAUGUGCAUGUACUGGGCCUUGUUUCAGAAAGCUGAAUAAUUGAAAAAUCUGAGCAGAUUGAUCUAGAAGAGUGCAAGUCCCGCAUAUUCGCUUUUAGAAAACCAGAUGCCAGUUACACUUAUUUUUUUCCCAACUGAUCGUGGAAGGGUAACGUCUUCCAGCUCCAUUUAUUGAGACUGCAUGGUGAGUUAAUUGCAAAUUUUCUGGCCUCACCUCCGCCGCUCCUGGAGUCGCGUGCGCAAUAUUUGUGCACUUCGCUUGUCACAGUUUAAUGAACUUCUGCACCUAUAUUUUUCUCUAUUUGCCCUUCUAUUUAGACUACAAAUAGAUUAACACAACAUAACAUUUUCUGUAUUUUUCUCUGUUGUGUUAUUACUGCAGACUGAAAUUAAACGUGCCAUUUCAACCAAAAGUUAGAAUGCGCUUCUAAACCAGAAGUACUCUGUGCGAAAAGUUUAUAAUUUUUCUGGGGUUUUCUUAGUU